CAAGUCAAAGACAAGUUCGGGAAAAACAUCUUCUUUGUCACUGUAUCAAAAACUCCCAACUUGAAGACCAUUGUAGAGACACUGUUUGAACACUGCGGUUGUAAGGUUCCGAAGUUUCAAACCGAUGAAGAUGCAGUAAAUCGACUGGAAGUUCUGCUGAGGGUUCUUGGGAAACAUCCAAUAUUGUUGGUCUUGGAUGAUGUUUGGCCUGGCUCAGAAGACCUUGUUGAAAAGUUUAAAAUUAAGAUACCUGAUUACAAGAUUUUGGUUACUUCAAGGGUUUCAUUUCCAAGAUUUGGCACCUCAUACCAGUUGGAUAAACUUGAUCAUGUCCAUGCAGAAUCCCUUUUCCGUCACUUUGCACAGCUGAAAGACAAAAGCUCAGACAUACCUGAAAAUCUUGUCGACGAGAUAGUGAAAGGUUGCAAGGGUUCACCAUUGGCCCUUAAGGUGAUUGCUGGAUCGCUCUGUAACCAGCCUUUUGUGGUGUGGCAAAAUAUGAUGGAGCGUUUACAAGGGCAAUCCAUUCUGGAGUCUGAUAGUACUGAUUUGCUGUCUCGUCUUCAACAAAGUUUAGAUAUAUUGGAGACUAAGUUCUCCAUCAAUGAAAAGGAGUGUUUCAUGGAUCUGGGGCUAUUUCCUGAAGAUCAAAGAAUCCCUGUAGUCGCCCUCAUUGAUAUGUGGGCAGAACUGUAUAACCUUAAUGAAGAUGGUAGCAAUGCAAUGUCCAUUAUCCAUGAUUUAGUCAGCAGGAAUUUGAUUAAUUUUAUAGUUACAAGGUACAUGGCAUCUCCACCCUUCUCCCUGUUGGUCAUCUAAUACUUAAUUAUAUGAGCACAAAACAUCUUCUUACGAAUGUGGCUUUAAAAAGGGAUUAUAUGAAUCAAUCAAGCUAAUAAUGUAGGUUUCACUAGUGGACGAAUAGAUACGAUUGUCAUCACUAUCACAUAAGAAUAACAGU